GAUAUUCCUUUCUCGUCGACGUGUAUCGAUAUUGGUUGCAGCUAUCGUCAAUCGAAUCGGAGACUCCGUGAAUCUGGACAAUUUGGUUAGGAAGCAUGGUAAACACGCCGUCAGCAACCGGUUGUACGCGAUCCUGUGGUCGGUUCAAUGAAAUUUAAGUUUCGACACGCGUGACUUUAUUCCAGACCUAACGCGACGUUCAACGUAUCUCCGCAUUUCAGAUUAUUCCAACUUGAUGCGUGCGAGAUGAGUUUUCCAGCCGGUUAUUUGGAACUCGUCAUGUAACAGUGAUGCAAGAUUUUUAUUCAAAUUGUCACAAACAUUAUGAAAAAUGUACCCCGUUGAUCCGACGAAGACGAUUUCACCGGCGACCGCCGGCAAGAAAGUGUUCCUGAGCGAUGCCGAGCUCGAUAAGAUCGCCCUGUUCCUCGUCGGUAAUCAACAACGCUUCAGAGAGAACAUUAUAAUCCCCAGGAUGCUGGGGCCCGUGCAGAUAAAGACCAUCGAGGAGAAGAGGAUAGACAGUAUGAUGGAAAGCUGUGCUUUCAAGAGCAUUAUGAGUUGUGUUAUCGGAUAUGGACUGGGAGCGGCCAUUGGACUGUUCUCCUCCAGCGUGAAUCCAAAUGUGGCGAGCGUCGAGAGGCAACAGAGCGCGCGAGAGAUACUAAGGGAGAUGAAAACCACGACUCUCGGCUACGCGAAAAACUUCGCGGUUGUCGGAUGCAUAUUCUCCGCUAUUGAGUGCACAAUAGAAUCGUACAGAGGUAAGACCGACUGGAAGAACGGCACGUACGCAGGAGGCUUCACGGGUGGACUAAUUGGCUUGAGAGCCGGUAUAAAAGCGGGUAUAGUCGGCGCCGCAGGCUUCGCAGCAUUCUCAACGGCAAUAGACUAUUACAUGCAUAGAUCUUAGACUACGCAGCAUAGAUUGUUAAAAGAUAUAUAUAUUUGUAUAAAAGAGAUAUAAAAAUUCGUGUAAUUACGUAUCUAUACAAUUCCUGUAUAAAAACAUGGAAAUGUUCUCAGUGUAAAUAUGCUCGUAAAACUAGUAUCGUGUGACUGAAUUAAAAGCGUAAAAUAUAUUGCCCUUUUAAUUGAUUUACCACUUAAUACUUAUCCGAUUUCGCGUAUAUAUAUGAAAUUUCCUUUCUUAUCUAUAAUUCUUAUAUGUAAUCACAUUUUACAUGUUUCGUUGUAUUGCAUGAAACAAUUCGCACAAAGGGUGAUGUUCGCAUAUGUGAUACAUGUAAAAAAUUCCUAAAUCUUGUAGUCACAUUUAUCUUAAACGUUACGUUUUCAUUCCUAUCAUGUAUGACGAAUAUAGUAUUUAUGAAUAUCUAGGAAUACAUGAUAUCAUUUAUAUGUUUCGUGAAUUCGUAUAUACGUGAAAGACUUGGAAGAAAGAAGUUACAAAUGGCCAAUUGCAAGAAAAAAUAUAGUAUGUUGUAUAUUUAAAAUUAACUUUGGAUUGUUCUCUCUUUUAAAAGUGUUUUGGCACAUUCAUACUUCUUUGCUUCUAGGUCACUUAAUAUUAAUUACUAAAUAAUACGCAGUUACUUUUAGAUACAAUCUGACAUGAUCGAAUCAGUCGAAAGGUUCCGACGAAUCAGUCAAGAUCCUUUUAUUCGAAGAUUGCAUCAACCUUUUAAAGUUUUUAUACAUCGCUGUCUUACAUGAGUAUGAGAUUCUUUAUUCGGCAAUAUGAGUUUUACUUAUAACUUGCCAUGGAUAUAUUGCUCAAUUAUAAAAAUGAUUCUUUUAAUACAACUGAAGUGUUUACAACAAA